AUGCCUCCUCGCAAGAGACCGACUUCCGCGAAGAAGCGCGCCAACGCCAAGGCGUCUUCCUCGAAGAACCCGCCCACAAAUGUCGGCCCUGAGUCUGAGGCUGCUGAGGGCGUUUCGUCGUCCUUUGACCCCUUCUUGAGCAGAGAGAACGAAAGGCUGGAGAAGGCCGUCUUCACAGCGAGGCCGAAGCUGAUGUUCGCCACCGAGGAUCCGCGCACCUUCAACGGCAGGGACUCUCACCCUGUAGAAUGGCGACACCUUUACUCUCGACCAAAAACGCAAUAG